AUGGCGAAUUUCCCACUGCAAGUGGACAAUUCGAGUUGGUGGCGUGGCUGUGUGAGUAAAAUCUUCUCGCUUAGUGGUGUCCUUACCCUCUCCGCCGUGGCCAGCGUGGCCCUAGGUGCCCCCCAGUUGGAGUCUCGCUUCCGCCGCGAUGUUUCCGAACUGGUGGAUCCCGCCGCCGUGGAAUACCUGCCUCCUUCGGUCACCGAGGCUGUCCUCCUGAACGCUGAGCCCGUCGAGGCUGAGGCUGAGGCUCAGGCCGAUCCUGCUGCCCAGGAAGCCGAGCCGGAGGGCACUGUCCUGGGGGAUAAUGGCUACGAGUACCGCACGGUGCGCCGUCUGAAGCUGCGCCAUCGCAACCGUCGUGAUGUGUCCCAUUUGCAGCCAGCCAGGCAGUACCUGCCACCCAGCAACGCCUACUUGCCACCUGCCCAGGAGGCGGCUGCUGCCCCCGAGGCUCCGGCUGCAGCUCCACCUGCCGAUGACACCGAGGAAGUGGUGUCCGCCGCCCAGCCCAAGGUGAACCGGGAGUACCUCCCGCCCACCGAAGCUGCGCCAGCGGCCGAGGAAACCACCGAGGCGGUUGCACCCGAGGAGCCAGCCGAUGUCCGUGUGGUGGAUGUGCCCACCGUUUCCGGUCAACUGCUCCAGGAUGGCUACCACUACCAGCAGCCGGCCGAGAUGCCCGCCGAGCUGAGGGAGGCCGCUCCCGAGUAUCUGCCUCCAGUGGGAGGCGAGGAGGUCAUCGUGGAGGGUCCUGCAGGAGGCGAGAGUGCCGUCCUGGGCAGCGAUGGCUACCAGUACCGUGCCAUCAGGCGUUACAGGUUUUAA